CACGAUUCAUUCACGGAGUUUUGUGAUGUCUGGCGUCAAAACUCUUCACGUCAACUAAAUCCUCGUUGUGUUACACACGGUCGAUAAAGAAAGUAGUUUGUGUACAAGUCACACAGGUUUGUGUUCAAGUCACACGUGUUUAUGUACAAGUCACACAGGUUUGUGUACAAGUCACACAUAUUUUUGGUACACGCCACAUAGGUUUGUGUAUAAGUCACACAUGUUUGUGCACAAGUCACACAGGUUUGUGUACAAGUCACAUAUAUUUUUGGUACACGUCACAUAGGUUUGUGUAUAAGUCACACAUGUUUGUGCACAAGUCACACAUAUUUUUUGUACAAGUCACACAUGUGUGUGUACAAGUCACAUAGAUUUGUGUACAAGUCGCACAUGUUUGUGUAGAAGUCACGCAGGUUUGUGUUAAAGUCACACAUGUUUGUGUUAAAGUCACACAUGUUUGUGUACAAGUCUCAUAGGUUUGUGUAGACAAUAAAUUAUUUGGUGUUUGGUUAAAUUCGCUUGGAAGAUAUGAAAAGAGAAAGCUUAGUAGCAUAUUAUGUUAGGCUGAUAACGUCAAGUGUUAUAGUCAUCAAAUGGAUUAAAAGUGAUCAAAAGCAGAACGACAUUUUGGAAGCGAAAAAAAAAAAAAAAGAUAUGGACAAGAGAUAAAAUCUGGUCACGUUCUCCAUGAGUCUUUCAAAAAUGUGAACUUUGUGCAUGGGUAGGACGUGAUUUGAGGCUUUGGCGUCCAUAAAAAAGAGAAAGCUUAGUAGCAUAUUAUGUUAGGCUGAUAACGUCAAGUGUUAUAGUCAUCAAAUGGAUUAAAAGUGAUCAAAAGCAGAACGACAUUUUGGAAGCGAAAAAAAAAAAAAAGAUAUGGACAAGAGAUAAAAUCUGGUCACGUUCUCCAUGAGUCUUUCAAAAAUGUGAACUUUGUGCAUGGGUAGGACGUGAUUUGAGGCUUUGGCGUCCAUAUAUUUUAUCAAUGUUGUUGUGUUAAUGAGACGUGUGUAGAUCAAAUAUAGAUCACAGGUGUAUAAUGGAUCGAAUUGAUUUAGUUUUAUCUGCAAAAUGAAUAAAAAAAUUAAUAAUUACAAGAAGAAUUGUUUCAAAAAUCUGAGUAUUUCCAUUUGCAGUUUACAAUGCACAUCUAGCGUAACAUAAUGUUGGGAUAGAGAGUAAAACAAUGGUGGGAUAGAGAUUUAUACAAUGUUGGGAUGGAGAGUAAUACAGUGUUGGGAUAAAGAGUAAAACAAUGUUGUGAUAGAGAGUAAAACAAUGGUGGGAUAGAGAUUUAUAAAAUGUUGCGAUGGAGAGUAAUACAAUGUUGGUAUAAAGAGUAACACAAUGUUGUGAUAGAGAGUAACAUAAUGUUGGGUUAUAGGGUAACACAAUGUUGGGUUUAGAGGGUAACACAAUGUUGGGUUAGAGAGUAAAACAAUAUUAAGAUAGAGAGUAAUAGAAUGUUGGGUUAGAGAUUAAUACAAUUUUGAGAUAGAGAGUAACAAUAUGUUGGGAUAGAGAGUAACACAUUAUCGGGGAAUAAAGUCACAGAUAGAUAUAAUUAUAUAUGAAGAUACAUUCUAAUAUUCCUUUUUGUAAUAAGAUAUCAAGUUGAAAUCGAAUGACAUGGUUCCUAUCAAGUUCCAUCACCAUCAAACGGAAGGCUCCAGGCACAAGCGACGUCGCGAUUACGAAUACGAUCCCCCAAGCCGAUCAGACGAUUACUCGACCUACCACCAGAGAAAGCGAUAUGACUCCGACCCCACAUAUGGACAAAAGUAUAGAGACUUCUACUCCGAUUACACACCCCGGAGUAUGACGCCACUACCUCGGCGUGAAGUCACCCCCACACCCAGACGCCACAUCACACCGGCACAUCGUCCCAUCGACACACCACCUCCUGAACGGGACCGCCAGCGUCCACCGGGGCAUUAUGACCACCACAACGCCCACAUCCACUACAUCUCGGCCAGGUCCGAGCCUCCACUCAGGUACGAGACUCCUCGUCACGCGCAGCAACAGGAGGUCGUGGUCCUCAAGCCACGCCCGGACACCACAAACUAUGAGCCCAGGAUUGCAAUGUACAACAAACGGUAAGAUGGGAUUAAAGCUGAAGUCAUAAUCUUUAGAAUCCUUAACAUAUCCUCAUUACAUUUGGGUGGUAUAAACUUAAAUCUUUCGACCAGUGAUUCUUAACACUUGCAGCGCUGCAUCCAGUAACGUAGCUAAGUCGAGCACUGCACACAGUAACAUAGCUAAGUCAAGCCCUACACCCAGUAACGUAGCUAAGUCAAGCGCUGCACCCAGUAACAUAGCUAAGUCAAGAACUGCACCCAGUAACGUAGCUAAGUCAAGCGCUGCACCCAGUAACAUAGCUAAGUCAAGCGCUGCACCCAGUAACGUAGCUAAGUCGAGCACUGCACCCAGUAACGUAGCUAAGUCGAGCACUGCACCCAGUAACGUAGCUAAGUCAAGCGCUGCAACCAGUAACAUAGCUAAGUCAAGCACUACACCCAGUAACGUAGCUAAGUCAAGCCCUACACCCAGUAACAUAGCUAAGUCAAGCCCUACACCCAGUAACAUAGCUAAGUCAAGCCCUACACCCAGUAACGUAGCUAAGUCAAGCCCUACACCCAGUAACGUAGCUAAGUCAAGCCCUACACUCAGUAACAUAGCUAAGUCGAGCACUGCACCCAGUAACGUAGCUAAGUCAAGCCCUACACCCAGUAACGUAGCUAAGUCAAGCCCUACACCCAGUAACGUAGCUAAGUCAAGCCCUACACCCAGUAACGUAGCUAAGUCAAGCGCUGCACCCAGUAACAUAGCUAAGUCAAGCCCUACACCCAGUAACAUAGCUAAGUCAAGCACUGCACCCAGUAACAUAACUAAGUCAAGCACUUGACCCAGUAACGUAGCUAAGUCAAGCACUGCACCCAGUAACGUAGCUAAGUCAAGCACUGCACCCAGUAACGUAGCUAAGUCAAGCACUGCACCCAGUAACGUAGCUAAGUCAAGCCCUACACCCAGUAACAUAGCUAAGUCAAGCCCUACACCCAGUAACAUAGCUAAGUCAAGCCCUACACCCAGUAACGUAGCUAAGUCAAGCCCUACACCCAGUAACAUAGCUAAGUCAAGCACUGCACCCAGUAACGUAGCUAAGUCAAGCCCUACACCCAGUAACGUAGCUAAGUCAAGCCCUACACCCAGUAACAUAGCUAAGUCAAGCCCUACACCCAUUAACGUAGCUAAGUCAAGCCCUACACCCAGUAACAUAGCUAAGUCAAGCCCUACACCCAGUAACAUAGCUAAGUCAAGCCCUACACCCAGUAACAUAGCUAAGUCAAGCCCUACAUCCAGUAACAUAGCUAAGUCAAGCGCUGCACCCAGUAACAUAGCUAAGUCAAGCCCUACACCCAAUAACAUAGCUAAGUCAAGCACUGCCCGAAGCGAGCCCAGAAGUUUUCCGCCCAAUGCCCCGAAUAAAACGUUGAAGUUCUUCGAAAAGACCAAUCUCUAUGUAAGGAAUAAAGUUCCAGCUGGGGCGAAUCGCCCGUCUGUGCACCCCUUCUUACGCUAAGGGCUGAACCUCCAUCUCGAUUUAAAAGCAUACUUAACUCCACUACAAACAGUGUUAAUAAACCUGGUUGUCUGAUCAUUCUGCACUCUUAGACACUGCCUAGGGCAUCCCCUUUCUCCUGACACUGCCUAGCUCAACCCCUCACUUCUGACACUGUCUCCCACACCCCCUGACACCUAACACUGCCUCUCGCACCCGACACUGCCUCCCACACCUCCUGACACUGCGUCCCACACCACCUGACACUGUACACCGCACCACCUGACACUGCCUCACGCACCACUGACACUGCCCCCCUCACCCCUGAAGUCCCUCCUGAAAUAACCCACAGAUAAGAGCAGGCAAUUACCAGAUCCCAGAAUAGAGAUGUCGUUGAAUGAAAACCCGCCGACGGAGAAGAUACUGUACAGUUCAUAUUAUAGCAAAGACUUAAGAAACAACAUCAGCAGUAUAUCAAAAAUAGCAAUACCUUCCUGUACCAAGCUACGGAAAAUUCUCACAGGCGCACUCAUGCCUGAAAUGAAAGCAUGUUGAUGACCCAGUACUCAGUGGCGUUCAUUCCAGAACCAAAAUGUUUUUAAAACAAGUGAAAUAUAAGCAACACAUCCUUUCUAAAGAAACCAAACCCACCUAUAUACCUGAGUUCAAACGUCCCGUAUUCAGCUCACUGCGUGGCAGCCUUUGUUUCCACUUGGUACUAAUCAAUGUAAAGCAAAGGAAGCUGGGGUGGGGGAGCACGGUUUUGAAUAGAAAGCAAAAUGCACCAGAAGCUAUUUAUAGAUUGCGUGUGUGAAAACAUUGUUGUUGACUUUUUUUAAUGAUCGUUUUAAAAUUUCCUUCCAGGCGAGGCUGGAGAAAAUGGAAGUCAUAUUGCGGCUACCACUCUAUACCCGAGAAGUCCAGCAAAAAUAUCCCAUCAAUGUAUUAUGAUGAGGUCAGUAAGUUAUCAAUGGUAAAUAGCAUCAAUUUAUGAUAAUCAGCUAUUUUGGUUUGGAAUAUUUAUGCAAUAUUACAUCAUGAUGAGACUACAAGGUCAGUUGAACUUCGAUGAAAUAUGUUUAUUAAGAAAAUUAAGGAUUGAUAUAUUUAGAUGACUGAAGUAGGUCAGGAUUAUACAAUGCAAUUUCUUUGUUCCUUGAUAAUUUAUAAAGACCAGAAAUACACGAUCCAUCAUUUCGUCUAUAGAAACUAUUUGGUUCCUUGUUUAAAUGAGUCAUCACGUUACAUUUCAUCCGUCACAGUCCAUCUUAUCAAUAUUACAACCGUCACGGUCCAUCUUAUCAAUAUUACAAACGUCACAGUCCAUCUUAUCAAUAUUACAACCGUCACAGUCCAUCUUAUCAAUAUUACAACCGUCACGGUCCAUCUUAUCAAUAUUACAAUCGUCACAGUCCAUCUUAUCAAUAUUACAACCGUUAAAGUCCAUCUUAUCAAUAUUACAACCGUCACAGUCCAUAUUAUCACUAUUACAACCGUCACAGUCCAUCUUAUCAACAUUACAACCGCCACAGUCCAUCUUAUCAACAAUACAACCGUCACAGUCCAUUUUAUAAUAUUACAUCCGUCACUGUCCAUCUUAUCAACAUUACAACCGUCACUGUCCAUCAUAUCAACAUUAAAACCGUCACAGUCCAUCUUAUCAAUAUUACAACCGUCACAGUCCUUCUUAUCAACAUUACAACUGUCACAGUCCAUCAUAACAACAUUACAACCGUCACAGUCCAUCUUAUCAAUAUUACAACCGCCACAGUCCAUCUUAUCAAUAUUACAACCGUCACAGUCCAUCUUAUCAACAUUAAAACCGUCACAGUCCAUCUUAUCAAUAUUACAACCGUCACAGUCCAUCUUAUCAACAUUACAACCGUCACAGUCCAUCUUAUCAAUAUUACAACCGUCACAGUCCAUCUUAUCAAUAUUACAACCGUCACAGUCCAUCUUAUCAAUAUUACAACCGUCACAGUCCAUCUUAUCAAUAUUACAAUCUCACAGUCCAUCUUAUCAAUAUUACAACCAUCACAGUCCAUCUUAUCAACAUUACAACCGUCACAGCCCAUCUUAUCAACAUUACAACCAUCACAGUCCAUCAUAUCAACAUUACAACCAUCACAGUCCAUCUUAUCAAUAUUACAACCGUCACAGUCAUCUUAUCAAUAUUAUAAUCGUCACAGUCCAUCUUAUAAACAUUACAACCAUCACAGUCCAUCUUAUAAAUAUUACAUCCGUCACUGUCCAUCUUAUCACCAUUACAACCGUCACAGUCCAUCAUAUCAACAUUGCAAUCGCCACAGUCCAUUUUAUCAAUAUUACAACCGUCACAGUCCAUCUUAACAAUAUUAAAACCAUCACAGUCCAUCUUAUCAACAUUAAAACCGUGACAGUCCAUCUCAUGAUUAUUACAAUUGUGACAGUCCAUCUUAUAAAUAUUACAACCGUCAUGGUCCAUCUUAUCAAUAUUACAACCGCCACAGUCCAUCUUAUCAAUAUUACAACCGCCACAGUCCAUCUUAUCAAUAUUACAACCAUCAAAGUCCAUCUUUUCAAUAUUACAACCGUCACAGUCCAUCUUAUCAAUAUUACAACCGUCACAGUCCAUCUUAUCAACAUUACAACCAUCACAGUCCAUCUUAUCAAUAUUACAAUCGUCACAGUCCAUCUUAUAAACAUUACAACCGUCACAGUCCAUCUUAUCAAUAUUACAUCCGUCACUGUCCAUCUUAUCACCAUUACAACCGUCACAGUCCAUCAUAUCAACAUUACAACCGCCACAGUCCAUUUUAUCAAUAUUACAACCGUCACAGUCCAUCUUAUCAAUAUUAAAACCAUCACAGUCCAUCUUAUCAACAUUAAAACCGUGACAGUCCAUCUCAUGAUUAUUACAAUUGUGACAGUCCAUCUUAUCAAUAUUACAACCGUCACGGUCCAUCUUAUCAAUAUUACAACCGCCACAGUCCAUCUUUUCAAUAUUACAACCGCCACAGUCCAUCUUUUCAAUAUUACAAUCGUCACAGUCCAUCUUAUCAAUAUUACAACCGUCACAGUCCAUCUUAUCACCAUUACAACCGUCACAGUCCAUCAUAUCAACAUUACAACCGCCACAGUCCAUUUUAUCAAUAUUACAACCGUCACAGUCCAUCUUAUCAAUAUUAAAACCAUCACAGUCCAUCUUAUCAACAUUAAAACCGUGACAGUCCAUCUCAUGAUUAUUACAAUUGUGACAGUCCAUCUUAUCAAUAUUACAACCGUCACGGUCCAUCUUAUCAAUAUUACAACCGCCACAGUCCAUCUUUUCAAUAUUACAACCGCCACAGUCCAAAUAUUACAACCGUCACAGUCCAUCUUAUCAAUAUUACAACCAUCACAGUCCAUCUUAUCAAUAUUACAACCAUCACAGUCCAUCUUUUCAAUAUUACAACCGUCACAGUCCAUCUUAUCAAUAUUACCACCGUCACAGUCUAUCUUAUCAACAUUACAACCAUCACAGUCCAUCUUAUCAAUAUUACAACCGUCACAGUCCAUCUUAUCAACAUUACAACCAUCACAGUCCAUCUUAUCAAUAUCACAACCGUCACAGCCCAUCUUAUCAAUAUUACAACCAUCACAGUCCAUCUUAUCAACAUUACAACCGUCACAGUCCAUCUUAUCAACAUUACAACCAUCACAGUCCAUCUUAUCAACAUUACACCCAUCACAGUCCAUCUUAUCAACAUUACAACCAUCACAGUCCAUCAUAUCAACAUUACAACCGUCACAGUCCAUCUUAUCAACAUUACAACCAUCACAGUCCAUCUUAUCAAUAUUACAACCGUCACAGUCCAUUUUAUCAAUAUUACAACCGCCACAGUCCAUCUUUUCAACUUUAAAACCGUCACAGUCCAUCUUAUCAACAUUACAACCGUCACUGUCCAUCUUAUCAAUAUUACAACCGUCACAGUCCAUCUUAUCAACGUUACAACCGUCACAGUCCAUCUUAUCAAUAUUACAACCGUCACAGUCCAUCUUAUCAAUAUUACAACCGUCACAGUCCAUCUUAUCAACAUUACAACCAUCGCAGUCCAUCUUAUCAAUAUUACAACCGUCACAGUCCAUCUUAUCAACAUUACAACCGUCACAGCCCAUCUUAUCAACAUUACAACAUCACAGUCCAUCAUAUCAACAUUACAACCGUCACAGUCCAUCUUAUCAAUAUUACAACCGUCACAGUCCAUCUUAUCAAUAUUACAAUCGUCACAGUCCAUCUUAUAAACAUUACAACCGUCACAGUCCAUCUUAUCAAUAUUACAUCCGUCACUGUCCAUCUUAUCACCAUUACAACCGUCACAGUCCAUCAUAUCAACAUUACAACCGCCACAGUCCAUUUUAUCAAUAUUACAACCGUCACAGUCCAUCUUAUCAAUAUUAAAACCAUCACAGUCCAUCUUAUCAACAUUAAAACCGUGACAGUCCAUCUCAUGAUUAUUACAAUUGUGACAGUCCAUCUUAUCAAUAUUACAACCGUCACGGUCCAUCUUAUCAAUAUUACAACCGCCACAGUCCAUCUUUUCAAUAUUACAACCGCCACAGUCCAUCUUUUCAAUAUUACAAUCGUCACAGUCCAUCUUAUCAAUAUUACAACCGUCACAGUCCAUCUUAUCACCAUUACAACCGUCACAGUCCAUCAUAUCAACAUUACAACCGCCACAGUCCAUUUUAUCAAUAUUACAACCGUCACAGUCCAUCUUAUCAAUAUUAAAACCAUCACAGUCCAUCUUAUCAACAUUAAAACCGUGACAGUCCAUCUCAUGAUUAUUACAAUUGUGACAGUCCAUCUUAUCAAUAUUACAACCGUCACGGUCCAUCUUAUCAAUAUUACAACCGCCACAGUCCAUCUUUUCAAUAUUACAACCGCCACAGUCCACCUUUUCAAUAUUACAAUCGUCACAGUCCAUCUUAUCAAUAUUACAACCGUCACAGUCCAUCUUAUCAAUAUUACAACCAUCACAGUCCAUCUUAUCAAUAUUACAACCAUCACAGUCCAUCUUUUCAAUAUUACAACCGUCACAGUCCAUCUUAUCAAUAUUACAACCGUCACAGUCCAUCUUAUCAACAUUACAACCAUCACAGUCCAUCUUAUCAACAUUACAACCGUCACAGUCCAUCUUAUCAAUAUUACAACCGUCACAUUCCAUCUUAUCAACAUUACAACCAUCACAGUCCAUCUUAUCAACAUUACAACCAUCACAGUCCAUCAUAUCAACAUUACAACCGUCACAGUCCAUCUUAUCAACAUUACAACCAUCACAGUCCAUCUUAUCAAUAUUACAACAGUCACAGUCCAUUUUAUCAAUAUUACAACCGUCACAGUCCAUCUUAUCAACAUUACAACCAUCAACGUCCAUCAUAUCAACAUUGUAACAGUCACAGUCCAUCAUAUCAACAUUACAACCGUCACUGUCUCACAAAGCCCACAAUUUGUUACGCUCACAACAGUUGAGAUGCCCACAUUGUGCCGCCCACGUCCAGCCCUCCCAGGACGAGGUUUUAGCCUACCCCUGGACGGUACAGAGCUACAGACCAAACAAGUUCAAGGCGUACGGUGGGAACUAUGGGUAGGAAGCUCUUCAAUCUUGGGGUCAAUUAAGGGUUUGUAACUCUUCCUAUAGUGGUGAUACAAUAUGUGUAUAGUUGUAUGUGUGAGUACUUCUUUGUGUGUAAAGUUUUAUGUGUGUAUACUUCUAUGUGUGUAAAGUUGUAUGUGUGAAUACUUCUAUGUGUGUAAAGUUGUAUGUGUGAAUACUUCUAUAUGUGCAAAGUUUUAUGUGUGUAUACUUCUAUGUGUGUAAAGUUUUAUGUGUGUAUACUUCUUUGUGUGUCAAGCUUUAUGUGUGUAUACUUCUAUGUGUGUAAAGUUUUAUGUGUGAAUAGUUCUCUUUGUGAAUAAUUAUAUGAGUGAAUAAUUAAAUUGGUAAAUAGUUGUAGGUUUCAAUCUUAAUAUGUGUGAAUAUGUUCUAUGUGACUCGUUCUAUGGCUGAUAAGUUCUAUGUGUGAAUAUGUUCUAUUUUUACUAGUUCUAUAUGAAUACUUCUAUAUGUGAAUAAAUCAAUGGGUAAAAAGUUCUAUGAGUGAAUAGUUCAAUGGGUGAAUAGCUCUUUGGGUUAAUAAUUCAAUUUGUGAAUAGCUGAAUGUGAAUAGCUCUAUGUGAAUGGUUCAAUGUGAAUAGUUCAAUGUGUGAAUAGCUGAAUGUGAAUAGCUCUAUGUGAAUAGAUCAAUGUGAAUAGUUCAAAGUGAACAGUUCAAUGUGUGAAUAGCUGAAUGUGAAUAGCUCUAUGUGAAUAGAUCAAUGUGAAUAGUUCAAAGUGAACAGUUCAAUGGGUGAAUAGUUCAAUGUAAAUAGUGCAAUGGGUGAAUAGUUAAAAGUGAAUAGUUUAAUGUGAAUAGUUCAAUGGGUGAAAAGUUCAAUGUGGAUAGUUAACCAAGCUUUAUUGUAAAUAACAUAGAAUACAUGAUGCCCGUGCACUGAGUCGAGAACACUGAAUGCGCUGAUGUAUUCUGAAUGUAUUAUUCACUAUGAUGUAUAACAAGCCUACAUAACAUACGGCCCGCCAGCACAACAUACGGCCCACCAGCGCAAGAUACAGCCCUCCAGCACAACAUUCGGCCCGCCAGCACAACAUUCGGCCCGCCAGCACGACAUUCGACCCGCCAGCACAAUAUUUGCGGUCUGUUAAGUAACGGACCAUUCUUUUGUUCUCUUAAUACCUGCCCAGAUCCACACCGUCCUAUUCACCUUCGGCACGAACAAGUUUUUUAUCAAGUAUUACGGCCCGCCUGACAAUUUGAGUUGUGCAGGCCUCAUGUAUGGCACUAUUUAAUAGAUCACCAUGCUGUGUAUGUCUUAUGAUGUGCAUUAUUAAGAUGUAUCGCAUAAUGAUGUAUAACACACUACACUAGCAAAAGAAUCGAUCAUUUCUGCCACAUUAUUAUUUGAGCUUCAAGCGGAUCCCAGGUCGUUCUUUGGCACAACAUGAUAUUUUAAAUAACCUUGGAUCAUAACAUGGGGCGUAAAAGCUUGAGAGUCCUUGAAUUUUUUUCAAAAUGUAAAUCACCCUUAACAUGACUUAACAGCCCAUAACUGUACCAUAAAUGAAAAUGGACCAUAAAUUUACGAAUGGAAAUUUACGAUAAGAAAUCUGAAUGUCAUAAAUUUAGCUUUGAGCAAAGGUAAUGGAGAUAUGUUCGUAUAAAGUACAAGCGGGCGUCACACCGACAUAUCAUAUGUGUAUGCGUCCGGUUCCAGGGGGUUGGGGGAGGGGGGCUAGGGGAUUCGGGUUGUUAUAAAAUGUAUAUUGCCCAAUAUAACUGAUCCAGUCAAGGACCAAUAAGGAAGUCGCUUUUAUUGUGUUAUUAAGUUGAGCCCACAAGAGACGUGGACUCUAGUCUAGUUUCUACUAAAUCAAUGUUUUUCAUACGUAUAAUGACACCCUCCCCUCCAUCUUCCAACAUGCAAUAUGUUAGUGUUGAAAAUACUUAGUUCAACACAAUAUUGUAUAGACUAGCACUUAGGUAUACGGCUAUUUUGAUAAGCACUAUGUUUUAUUGCAGUAUGUUGCAUAGCACUAAAAUGUAUAUCACUAAGAUGUAUAUCACUAAGAUGUAUAUCACUAAGAUGUAUAUCACUAAGAUGUAUAUCACUAAGAUGUAUAUCACUAAAAUGUAUAUCACUAAGAUGUAUAUCACUAAGAUGUAUAUCACUAAAAUGUAUAUCACUAAAAUGUAUAUCACAAAGAUGUAUAUCACUAAGAUGUAUAUCACUAAGAUGUAUAUCACUAAGAUGAAUAGCACUAAGAUGUAUAUCACUAAGAUGUAUAUCACUAAGAUGUAUAUCACUAAGAUGUAUAUCACUAAAAUGUAUAUCACUAAGAUGUAUAUCACUAAGAUGUAUAUCACUAAGAUGUAUAUCACUAAGAUGAAUAGCACUAAGAUGUAUAUCACUAAGAUGUAUAGCACUAAGAUGUAUAUCACUAAGAUGUAUAUCACUAAGAUGUAUAUCACUAAGAUGUAUAUCACUAAGAUGUAUAUCACUAAGAUGUAUAUCACUAAGAUGUAUAUCACUAAGAUGUAUAUCACUAAGAUGUAUAUCACUAAGAUGUAUAUCACUAAGAUGUAUAUCACUAAGAUGUAUAUCACUAAAUUGUAUAGCACUAAGAUGUAUAUCACUAAGAUGUAUAUCACUAAAAUGUAUAUCACUAAGAUGUAUAUCACUAAGAUGUAUAUCACUAAAAUGUAUAUCACUAAAAUGUAUAUCAAAAAGAUGUAUAUCACUAAGAUGUAUAUCACUAAGAUGUAUAUCACUAAGAUGAAUAGCACUAAGAUGUAUAUCACUAAGAUGUAUAUCACUAAGAUGUAUAUCACUAAGAUGUAUAUCACUAAAAUGUAUAUCACUAAGAUGUAUAUCACUAAGAUGUAUAUCACUAAAAUGUAUAUCACUAAAAUGUAUAUCACAAAGAUGUAUAUCACUAAGAUGUAUAUCACUAAGAUGUAUAUCACUAAGAUGAAUAGCACUAAGAUGUAUAUCACUAAGAUGUAUAUCACUAAGAUGUAUAUCACUAAGAUGUAUAUCACUAAAAUGUAUAUCACUAAGAUGUAUAUCACUAAGAUGUAUAUCACUAAGAUGUAUAUCACUAAGAUGAAUAGCACUAAGAUGUAUAUCACUAAGAUGUAUAGCACUAAGAUGUAUAUCACUAAGAUGUAUAUCACUAAGAUGUAUAUCACUAAGAUGUAUAUCACUAAGAUGUAUAUCACUAAGAUGUAUAGCACUAAGAUGUAUAUCACUAAGAUGUAUAUCACUAAGAUGUAUAUCACUAAGAUGUAUAUCACUAAGAUGUAUAUCACUAAGAUGUAUAUCACUAAGAUGUAUAGCACUACGAUGUAUAUCACUAAGAUGUAUAGCACUAAGAUGUAUAUCACUAAGAUGUCUAUCACUAAGAUGUAUAUCACUAAGAUGUAUAUCACUAAGAUGUCUAUCACUAAGAUGUAUAUCACUAAAAUGUAUAUCACUAAGAUAUCUAUCACUAAGAUGUAUAUCACUAAGAUGUAUAUCACUAAGAUGUAUAUCACUAAGAUGUAUAUCACUAAGAUGUAUAUCACUAAGAUGUAUAGCACUAAGAUGUAUAGCACUAAGAAGUAUAUCACUAAGAUGUAUAUCACUAAGAUGUAUAUCACUAAGAUGUAUAUGACUAAGAUGUAUAUCACUAAGAUGUAUAUCACUAAGAUGUAUAGCACUAAGAUGUAUAUCACUAAGAUGUCUAUCACUAAGAUGCUCAGCACCUAACCGUAUGUCUUCUUGUGUUUAGUCCUUCACAGGACACACUGCCAAGAAGAGAUGAAAUUCCUGCUCCAUCAGUUCAUAACAGCGACCGGGGGCCUGGAUCAUAUUUAGGAGAACCUUCAGCCGUGUAUGAAGACUCGAGGUCUGUUGAUCCAGGGUCUAAGUCAGUUUAUCCGGGAACUAAGUCAGUCAACCAAGGAACUAGAUCAGUUAAUCCAGGAGUAAAAUCUAUAAACGGGGGCGCUAAUGCCGUCAACCAGAGAACCAAGUCAGUCAACCAGGGAACCAAGUCAGUCAACCAGGGAACCAAGUCAGUUAAUCAAGGAAAUAAAUCUUUCAACAAGGGCAAUAAGUCAGACAACAAGCCCUCUGUCAAGCAUCCUCAAAGUGUUGGAGACUUUUCAGAUUAUGCGGCCAGGGCACCACGGGUGAGGUCAAAGGUCACACACAAUGACCCGCCCACAAUCAAUGAGAUACCACCCUCAGACGUCACACAGAGGUUGACCAAUCAUCGUUGGCCAGAUAAUCUGGAGGACAAAGAGAAUCUCUCAAUGUCAAGGCCGAUGUUCAGGUCAGACAACGUUGCGCCAACCAGGACGGAAAUAGUGAGGGACAACUUUUCCAACCGACCAUACCUGGGUCAGGUGAGUGACUCUUUGUUAAACAGGCCAUACCUGGGCUAGGUGAGUGAGACUCUAGCCACGGCCUAUUAUUUUAAACUAUUCCUACACCAUCUGCCCCUUUAUACUUGUGACCAAUAUUGAUGACGCCCAACACUUGUUUUGACCAAUAGUAACACUAAUGGCGUUUGUGUUUUUACUUCUUGUCCACAGGUGCGUGACGUCAGAUCCCCUACACGAGACUAUGGCUACACCGAGGAUGACGUCACCCCAUUUGACAGCAUCAGUAAUGUAGUGCUUCCCCCACUCAGGGCCUCAGACAAUGAACCAAUCAGAAACAGGUAGCUACGUUUUGGGUCCCCUUGGACUAUUUUACAACGGGAAUACACACCAUGUAUUAUGUAUUAUGUAUUCGCUACUAUUCAUAUAUCCAUUAAAAUGUCAAAGAUUUAAUACAUCUUGUUCCAUUGUUUGUCCUGGCAUCCAUUCCUUAAACUUAGUCCCUCAAUCAAAUGUGUACGCAUUCUCAAUCUCAUAUUUACACAUUCUCAACCCAAUGUGUACACAUUAUCAAUGCAAUUUGUACACAUUCUCAUACCAAUGUGCGUAUACUCUUAUACCAAUGUGCGUACACUGUCAUACCAAUGUGCAUAUACUCUCAUACCAAUGUGCGUACACUCUCAUACCAAUGUGCGUACACUGUCAUACCAAUGUGCGUAUACUCUCAUACCAAUGUGCGUACACUGUCAUACCAAUGUGCGUAUACUCUCAUACCAAUGUGCGUACACUGUCAUACCAAUGUGCAUAUACUCUCAUACCAAUGUGCGUAUACUCUCAUACCAAUGUGCGUACACUGUCAUACCAAUGUGCAUAUACUCUCAUACCAAUGUGCGUAUACUCUCAUACCAAUGUGCGUACACUGUCAUACCAAUGUGCAUAUACUCUCAUACCAAUGUGCGUACACUCUCAUACCAAUGUACGUACACUCUCAUUCCCCUGUGUGUACGCUGCAGACAGACGACAAGGAUGAGAGCAGAAACCAUUGUUGAUGGGACAUACACCAGUCGUAGAUUUUUUCAAAGCCUGGACAGAGAUGGGCCAAACAGACUCGCCCUGCCCACCCCUAAACCAAAGAAGGACACAGCCAGUGAGAUAUCUAGGAUGCUCAAGGGAGAGUACUACGAUAGGCGUAAGCAAUUUAAUUUUUAUUAGGUUAUCGGCCUUGCAUCUGAACUCUCGCGGUAAGGUGAAAGACUUUCAGAAAACAAAGGGAAAAAAAAUAUGUAAACAAAAUAAUACAAAUAUCUUUUUAAAAAUUAUCUAAAAAAAUUAAUACAAAAAAUUAUAAACAAAAAUAAAUAUUAAAAUUAAUAUUUAAAAAAAAAUAAAAUAAAAUCGUAUGUUUAAAUGUUAUAUUUAUAUUAUAACGUCAAAAUGUGAAAAAACAGUUCUAAUAAAUAACUAAUAAUCUCAAAAAUAACAUUCAUGUCAAUCUGACAGGCACUGGAAAGCGAUAUGAAUACAAUAUAAACUACAGGCCAGACAGAGUUGUCAGUGAGAGACACCCUGACAGAUGACCAAACUCUAUGGCGUAUCAGGUGGAACAAGUUAUAGCUCAGAUAACAUGCUAAAAGUCAACACGGCGAAUAUUAAUGCCCUUUACAUGCCACGUAAUCAACCAUGCCAAAUGCUUUAUGAUGGCUGGUAGUCACUAGAUGUGUGGCUGGUAGUCACUGGAUGUGUGGCUGGUAGUCACUGGAUGUGAGGCUGGUAGUCACUAGAUGUGUGCCUGGUAGUCACUAGAUGUGUGGCUGGUAGUCACUAGAUGUGUGGCUGGUAGUCACUAGAUGGGUGGCUGGUAGUCACUGGAUGUUUGGCUGGUAGUCGAUGGAUGUGUGGCUGGUAGUCAUUGGAUGUGUGGCUGGGGGUCAUUGAAUGUGUGGCUGGUGGUCACUAGAUGUGUGGCUGGUACUCACUAGAUGUGUGGCUGGUAUUUACUAGAUUUGUGGCUGGUGGUCACUAGAUGUGUGGCUGGUACUCACUAGAUGUGUGGUUGGUAUUCACUAGAUUUGUGGCUGGUGGUCACUAGAUGUGUGGCUGGUAGUUAUUGAAUGUGUGGCUGGUAGUCACUGGAUGUGUGGCUGGUAUUCACUAGAUUUGUGGCUGGUGGUCACUACAUAUGUUGCUGGUAGUUAUUGAAUGUGUGGCUGGUAGUCACUGUAUGUGUGGCUGGUAGUCACUGGAUGUGUGAUUGGGGGUCAUUGAAUGUGUGGCUGGUAGUCAUUGAAUGUGUGGCUGAUGGUCAUUGAAUGUGUGGCUGGGGGUCAUUGAAUGUGUCGCUGGUAGUCAUUGAAUGUGUGACUGGUAGCCACUGAACGUAUGACAGAUUUGUAGCCGACCAAAUCCGUCCCCCUUUUUUAAAAAGCCUGCGAUGUAAAUCUCUUUGGUUGCAGCCAAAGUUUCAUGUAUAUAUAAUAGAUAGAUAUUUAUUUCCAAUACUAUUGUGUAAUUUCUAUGCUACGUCCAUUCUUCACUACCAUAUAACUCAAUAAAACAUUGGUGGAACACU